AUGCAUAUCGAAUCUAUUCCCAUGUGUGAAUACCAAGCAUUGCGCUGUCCGUUCCCAGACUAUCUCACAAUCUCACAUACAGGGACCGGUACCGGUAACAACUAUGCAUAUCUGAUAUCAGACGAUGCAACUAAGGAUGCCAUGGUGGUAGAUCCGGCACAUCCGCCUGAGGUCAUUCCGGUGCUUACAUCCCGCAUACACGAUGGAAAAAUCAACCUAAAGGCAAUCAUCAAUACUCACCACCACCAUGAUCAUGCUGGCGGGAACGAAGGGAUUCUCAAACAAUUUGGCAAACUUCCGGUGAUUGGCGGGAAAGACUGUGCCCAUGUCACCCAAACUCCCGGGCACAGCGAAAAAUUCAAGAUUGGAGAGCGGAUCACUGUCACCGCUUUGCAUACCCCUUGUCAUACCCAAGACAGCAUUUGCUACUUUGCUGAAGACGGGGAUGAGCGCGUCGUAUUUACCGGUGACACAUUAUUUAUUGGCGGAUGCGGGAGAUUUUUUGAGGGUAAUGCAACGGAAAUGCACAAGGCACUUAAUGAGGUCCUUGCUUCUCUUCCAGAUGAUACAAAAGUAUACCUUCAUAACGUCUUUAUGCGAGUCACGGACCCCGAAAUCCACAAGGCGGUAGGUGCUUCAGAGCCGGUGGAGGUCAUGAACCGUUUGAGAGAGAUGAAGAAUAAGAUUCCCGAAAUUACCGGUUCAAGUGCCGUUGAUUACUGUGAAAAUGUCAGGCACGCCAUCUUUGUAGAUUGCCUUGAUUGA